CCGUUGUUCACGGCGCUCGAAAAUACGUGUACGCGAGACGCGGAACGAGACGCGGCCAACGAUUUUCUCCGCACAUAGAGCGCGCGCGCAGUGCCACGCUCACUGGCGUUUCAUAACGUUUACGCGUCCCUACACUUGCUUCUCUAGUAUUUACCAGAGGUUAUAACGUAACCAACGAAAUAAACAACCCACGUUCUCCCUCGCUUUCAAUAUCUCCGUUUUAUAAUAUCCUUAAAAUGGCGGUCGCAACGUUUGACACGGAACAUUUCAUCAGUCAAGUAAAAAAGCACCCGGCUAUAUACGACGUGAAUUGUUUACAAUACGUCGAUCGGGCGGCCAGGAAUAACGCUUGGUUCGAGGUGUGCACAGCAGUCACACCGGACUGGAAUCAUUUGACGGACGAGGAAAGAAAGAUCGAAGAGAAAAGUUUGCGCAGCAAAUGGCGAAAUAUUAGGGACUAUUUUAUGAAGGAAGUCAAGGCCACGAAAAAAACUGGACGUGGAAGAAAGCGCAAACGAUCCUCGUUUUACAGCCAUCUUCUAUUUCUCAUGCCAAGCGUCAAGAAACGAGGUAAUAGAGGAAAUAAAAACUCGAAAAGCCAGCAAAUGAAAAACGAAAUAUUGAUAACGGACGAUAUUGAGAUCGUCACUACGCCCGAAGUCAACGGGUACACGCUGGCCGAUGUGGCGCUCGGAUCGCACGACGAGCACGGUGGGGAUCAUUAUCAACACGAAUCGGCUGUUUGCGAAGCCUCGAUCGCCUCCUUCGAGACGGAAAUGCCAGUGGAUGUUUUGAACACAUCGCAAACGAACCAAAACCGAGAUUUCAUCUCUGACGACGAUUACGAUAAAAUGUUUUUGCUCUCGUUGCUACCUUCUCUAAGACAAAUACCCGAACAUAUGAAACUACACGUGAGAAUACAGAUGCAGCAAAUCCUCGCAUCGGCGUUUCACACCAACAAUCAUCACGCCGGUCAAUAAUCCAUAAAUUGCACAUAUUUGUACAUAAAUUUAUUAAUCGUGCUGUGUUCUAUAUGUACUACAUUGAUUCGUUCGAUAAGAAUUGAAACGAGCAUGUCGGUUUUUAGUUUCACGCCAAUGCAAUCUCUGUAUUUGUACUUACUUUUAGAAAAAAAACGUUACAAAUUUACGUCUUUAGCUAUUAAUGACAAUGGUCUGUUUUGUAAACGGUUACAAAAAAGUUAUUUACAUUUUUCAAUGAUA